UUUUUCCUUUUCUCCGCGGCCACGAAGCGCGAUGAGGAGCAGCGCUGAGGCGAAGCCAUGCGCGCCGGGACCGCCUGCCUGCUGCGACUCACCGCGCUCUGCAUCAUCCUGCUCUCCCACGCAGCAGCAGCUUACUUCGGGCUCACGGGCCAGGAGCCCUUGGCUUUUUUGUCGAGCCCCUACAGCGGCGACUCCGCAGGUGGAAAAGCGCACGUGAAGCAGUGCGAGCAGAUGACACUGACGCGGCGCCAGAAGCGCGCGUGCCGCCGCGAGCCGGGCCUGGCGGAGACGCUGCGCGAGUCGGUGCGCCUCAGCCUGAUGGAGUGCCGCUACCAGUUCCGCAAUGAGCGCUGGAACUGCAGCAUGGACGGCAGGGGAAGCCUCCUGAAGCGAGCUUUCAAAGAAACAGCCUUUCUCCUGGCAGUGUCCUCAGCAGCUCUGUCACACACUCUGGCCAAAGCAUGCAGUUCGGGCCGUAUGGAGCGCUGCACAUGUGACGAUACUCCAGGUCUGCAACAGCGUGAAGCAUGGCAGUGGGGAGUGUGUGGAGACAACCUGAAGUACAGCACCAGGUUCCUCAAGAAGUUCUUGGGCCAGAAACGGGUUAGCAAGGACCUGCGGGCUCAGGUCGACGCACAUAAUAUAAACGCCGGCAUCAGGGCUGUAAAGAAUGGGCUGGUGACAACCUGCAAGUGUCAUGGCGUCUCCGGCUCAUGUGCAGUUCGCACUUGCUGGAAGCAGCUCUCGCCGUUUUACGUGACAGGCCAGCUGCUAAAGUAUCGCUAUGACACGGCCAUGCGUGUCCUCAGCGUCACCAACGCAGCUACCGGUGACACCGAGCUGGCCGGGCCGGCACGGCGAGGUGACAUGGCUCCUCGGCCUCACCCCUCCGAGCUGGUGUUCCUAGAAGACUCGCCUAGCUUCUGCCGCCCGUCUCGGUACUCGCCCGGAACUGCCGGUCGCACGUGUGCCAAGGACACGAGCUGCAGCAGCCUUUGCUGUGGACGUGGCUAUAACACAGCGCUACGCCUCGUCACACUGUCCUGCAACUGCCAGGUACGGUGGUGCUGCCACGUCGAGUGCCAGACCUGUGUCCGCGAAGAGGAGGUAUACACGUGUAAGAAGCAUUGAGAGAAACAGAAAGAGAGGCACCAGAGGCUCAAUAUUCCUCUCAGACAUGUGAGGGCAAAGAUGGACAAGACCCCCCGAGGCAUAGCUGUCCGAAAUAGGAGUUGUGCUCCUGCUGUCAUGGAAGAAAAAGGAACAUUGUGGGAAUUCCACCAUUUUCACCCCCGGAGGUUGCUUCAAGCAAGAAAAGAGCCACUGAUGGAGGUCUUAACAAGACUGAUCUCCUCCUGCUCUUCUUUUUAAAUGCACUGAAAUUUAAAUUUAGGUUUCUGAGAGAUCCAUCAUGGGGAGAUGCCAUGAAUCAAUUUAGACGACUCAACUGGAGCGGAUCUGGAAGAUAUGCCAAACUUUAUGAGACGAUUGAUCCAUUCAGUCAUUUACUUGUCUGUCUAUCUGUAUGUCUGCCUGUCUGCCUUACUGCCUGCGUAAAACAUACACCGAAAAUUCGAAAGGGUCAAAUAUUAUGCUGAUAUUAUGAAGCACUUAAAUUUGUCAUGUGAUUAUUAUGUUGUGUUGUGUUGGGUAAAAAGAAAUUGUAUCUGAAAGUUAAUUAAAAUAGAUUUCGAUGACACAAAUGCACAACACAAGUGCAAGGUAAAAUCACCAGGAACACCAGAAGCUGGAAAGCUGACAGAAUUAUGCAACAUAUCAUAUUGUAUCACAUAUCGUCAUUUGGCACAACCCAAUAUUACAUUAUUCUUGUUCUUAAGUGUUCAGAAAUCCUAUAAUAAGCAUCCCGAAACACUAGUGUGUGGUCAAGAUUUCCAACAGCUGCGUAAGAUUUGUGAAACAUCUGCUCGCUUAUUGUAGUGUCUUUAUACUGCACUUUGCCAUCAAGGACAAAUCAGGACCUCAUUCCCAGAACAAAGAUCACCCCCAUCAUGUUCCCUUCAUAAACCCUACGUCUGCGUCAUCUGAGGCUCUUUCAUGUCUGCGAAGUCUUUGAAAAGGCUCAUUCCACCCCCCCUUAUUAUUUUCUCUAUUACCAAUCAGUGGAAAUAACAGCUCUUAAUCUCUCAAAGCGCUGCGUUUCAGUUGGUCUGAAGGUCACACACGGGCAAGUCUUAAGACACGCAGCCUUAAUGGCUGUAAUGUAAACCCACAGUAGAGCUGAAGUGGUGCUGCAUGAGACUGGACGUUCACAGAGUUUUACUUCUUAGCAUGAACUUACGGUAGAACGUAGAAACUCAUGCAGUUACGUGCGGUUAAAUAUUAUCAAACGGAAAGCUGGAAUCUGUGAGGGAAUAUGUGCCUACUUGUGCAAUAUGUGUGUGUGUGUGUGUUAUGGGUAUGUGUGUGGGUGUGGGUGUGAGUUGACAGGAAGAGAGCUUCAGUAAAAUUGGCUACAUCAAUCAAGCCGAGGAAGUUCCAAGUUUCUAGUGUCACGUUUAGUGAACUGACUGAAGGACAGGAUAUUUAUAUAUGGUUUCAAUCUUGAAUCAUUUGCAAACAUGCUUUAAUGAAUUUCUCUUUAUUAAAGCAUAAAGCAUGUAUAGUCCAG